UACAAGGGGGUGUGAACCCAGUAGUUUAGUGGAUGAAACAUAUAAAUGUGAAUUUGCUCACAUUUUUGGCACAAACUUUUCUGAGGAUCUUUUUCACACACGUGCAGUUGUAGCUAGAGAAAAUGGGUCUGUGCAGUUCUAAGACAUCUGAGCAAGUGCAUGAGCAAUUUAACGAGAUCAUGUCACUUACAACUAUAAAGUUGACUGAGAAACACAUUUCUGGCAUUUCACAACAUGGGAAAGCGCGAGCGGAGGUCUCUCAGAAUGAACAUAGAGUGAAGACUCCAUCUGACAGAAGGCGAUGUGGCUGCAACAGUCAUGACAAGUGCUCGGGACUGGUUUUCGUGGCAGACUCAACUGGUGGUGUGUGGAUUGAUAAAGCUAUUGGAAGACAAAGGUAGAUCCCGUGGAUGUGGAGUUAGAUUUGGCUCUCUAUUGUUGGAUAAAGUCUUGUUUCUCCCUAAAAUCCAUCCUGUGGAUAUUUGAAGGUGAGCGCUGGUCACAGUAAUCCAGUGGAAAAGUAAAGGGAAGACUUGGGAUGUCAAGGAUUCAUGAAUACUUGAAAAAGAUUUACAGAAAUUAAGUCUGGAAAUGCUGACUCUUCUUUUUGGAAGUCUUUGACUUUGUACAUUGACUUUCUUUUGCAGCAUUUAUUGUCUUUUUCAUUUAUAGCCUACAUGGUAAUGCAUUAAGUCCACAUGGUAAUAGAUGAAGUCCAAUGUGUUAUCAACUGAUAAAUGUAAUUAGAAGGCAACUGAGCCCAUCCUAAUUUUAUUUCACAUGUUGGGACAUGUGUCAGGACUGCAGGCGUUUUAAACUUUAAUUGCGAAUGCUUUCUUUGUUGUUUUAAAAGGCACAUUUUUCAUUUAAAGUAUGAUAUUGCUGUAUUGAGUGUUAUGGAAACCACUUUUAAUUUAAAAUGUAACAAACUAUUUAAACUUGUAUGUGAAAUGACAUUGAAUGCUAAGGAUUUUACACUUUUUUUUCAACUAUGAAAAAUGUUAUAUUUGUAUAUUGUAUAUGUAAUGAUUGUAUAUUUGACUUUAGAUUCCAUAAAAUACAUUUAUGUAGGGGAAUCAUUUAAUUUGUUGCACUUAUUUAAAUGUGUAGAUUAACUUAAUUUUCUGUAAUAAUUUUUUUAAAGGACACCAUUCUUGGGAUUCUGAGCAUAUUAUUUUGGAGGUGUCCUUGUCAUACUUUGACCCCUUAAUCAGACAGCUAAUAUAGAUAAGCAAGAUAUAAUACAUCACUGAGUAAUAAAGACAACAUCUUAGGUAAACUAAUAACUCUCUAAGAGAAGACAGCGCUUUAGUUUGUGUGAAGAAUGGGCCAAACGGGAUCCAGACACAAACCUCAAGCACGUAUCCUGCUCCUGGGGCUCGAUGGAGCUGGUAAAUCAACGCUUCUUUACAAACUCAAAUACAAUGAAGACUUCCACACAGUUCCAACAAUCGGAUUCAACGUUGAAAUGAUCGAAGCCAAGGGGAACAGGGACAAAAUUUCCUUGACAGUGUGGGAUGUCGGUGGCCAGACUAAAAUGCGAGUACACUGGAAGAAUUUUUACCAAGACACAGCUGGAAUUGUGUUCACCGUGGAUUCUUCUGACAUUAAACGGCUGGACGAGGCAAAGGGAGUGCUGGAACAGACCUUAAAGAGUGACCACCUCAGGGGACUGCCUGUGGUCAUUCUUGCCAACAAGCAAGAUAUUGAAGGAGCUGCAACAGUAAUAGAGAUCACAGAGCAGUUUAAUCUGAGAAAGAGCUGCAGUGACCGAGGUUGGUUCAUUCAGCCUUGUUCUGCAUUGACUGGAGUGGGUCUGGUGGACGGCUUCAGAAGAAUGGCACACCUGGUGAAAAUGACACCCGAGGACAAUAACAUCAAAGAGACUGUGAAAUACAUCAAAUCAAAAUAAGUGAUGUCAAUGAAGAAAUAGCCAACACAUAAUGACAUCUUGUCACAUCUAUGGAAGGUUAUGUUUACUAUCCUGCUAAUUAUAGUUGGGUAGAUAAUGUGAAAUAUUAACUUGCUAUACUGUAUGUUAAUAGAACUGUGUAAUGUGGAAGUGUAAACUAGCUAUUAUUUAUGAAUAUAACCACAAUUGAAUUUGCUUGUGUACUGUUUCUGUUACAUGCCUGUACAGUAACGUAACAAGACAGUGGCAUUAUGCAAAUUUGUUUUCAGAAGGCAACAUGUAAUGCAUAUCUAUAGAAGGUUAUGUACACUCGCUGAGCACUUUAUUAGGAACACUACCUAUCCAUGCGAUUAUCUAAUUAGCCAAUCAUAUGGCAGCAGUGCAAUGCAUAAAAUCACACAGAUACCGGUCAGGAGCUUCAUUUAAUGUUCAGAAUGUGUAAAAACUGUGAUCUCAGUGAUUUCAGCGACUGGCAUGAUUGUUGGUGCUAGACAGGCUGGCUUGAGUAUUGCUGAAACUACUGAUCUCCUGGAAUUUUCACGCACAACAGUCUCUUGUUUACCAAGACUGGUGUCAAAAAUGAAAAAUAUCCAGUGAGCGGCAGUUCUGCGGACGGAAACGCCUUGUUGAUGAGAGAGGUCAAGAGGUUAAUGUAACUCAGAUAACCACUCUGUACAAUUGUAGUGAGCAGAAAGCAUCUCAGAAUACACAUAUUGAACCUUGAGGCAGAUGGGCUAC